AUGAACCAGAAAGUUGUUCUCAUCACAGGUUGCUCUUCCGGCAUCGGCCUGGCACUGGCCAUUCGCAUAGCCAAGGAUGAGAAGAAGAGAUUCAUGGUGUACGCCACCAUGAGGAACCUGAGCAGGGGGGCGGCCCUGGUGGAAGCUGCUGGAAGGACCUUGGGCCGGACGCUGGAGAUCAAACAGCUGGACGUGUGCGACGAGGACUCCAUCGCAGCCUGUGUGGCGAGUCUGCCUCUCCGCAGAGUGGACAUACUGAUCAGCAAUGCAGGAAUGGGUUUAAUAGGUCCCAUCGAGUGUCAGACGAUCGACGAGAUGAAGGCCGUCAUGGACACAAAUUUCUUUGGUUUGGUGCGGCUGCUUAAAGAAAUCCUGCCAGACAUGAAAAAGAGGAAGAGCGGCCAUAUUGUUGUGAUUAGCAGUGUCAUGGGUAUCCAAGGUAUAUUGUUCAAUGACAUCUAUGCAGCAUCCAAGUUUGCUGUGGAAGGAUUUUGUGAAAGCUUGGCAGUACAAGCAUUGAGGUUUAAUCUAAGUUUGACCUUGAUUGAGCCGGGCCCUGUGGUGACAGAGUUUGAGCGUAAAGUCUUUGACGAGGGCACGAAGACCGACCUCACCAAAGCUGAUAAAGUGACUGCAGAUAUGUUCACCAACAUCUAUCUCAAGAACUACAAGCAGAUCUUUGAAAGCCUUGGACAGACUCCAGAGGAUAUUGCAGAGCACACACACAAAAUCAUCACAAUGGACGACCCGCCAUUUCGCCACCAGACCAACACUCUCUACACCCCCAUGACCACUCUCAAGUACGCAGACCCCAACGGGGACCUUCCCAUUGACACCUUCUACAAGAUGGUGUUUGAGCACGACAAGGUCUUCAACGCCAGCCUGAACUUCCUCAAACUGCUCCGCUGGAGGAGUCGUAAGAGCUUCACAUUGGACAAGGAGAAUGCUCAAGUUGCUCCGAUAAAAAAGUGAACAUAUGCUUCGAGAGUGCACUCUUUAUACCGUUGCUGUCACUCGUUUCUUUUUCCUUUCUUGUUAUUGUACCUGGAGGAAGUGUUGGGUGGUCUGCGAAGCACAUUAAGAACACGUUCACAACUACGUGGAGCUUUACAGUACGAUGUACCAGAGAUAAUAUCUCCUUAACCCCCUACCUUUAAGACACUUACAUAAAUCCUUCACUACCGUUUAAGCACAUAUUUUGCACCACAAGCUAAAUUCCAAAGGACACUGCCCAAGUAGGCCUAACCUUUAGAGUGAAACUGUAUA